AUGUUCAUAAACACCACGAAACCUAAAACGGCGGUCCCCGGUUUUGCUCGUUUGCCCAUCCGUUCAUCUGCUGCUACAUUACUUCCCUGCUUUCCACGCCGGCCACCGCCCGACGGUUUGCUCACUAUCACAGUAAUCUGGACAGUGAGAAAACCAAAAGACCUGGGAUUACUAGCAACCGCUGUUGUCUUCAUUAUUGCUAAGCUGCAAGAUGACAAUAAAGCAUUAGAUCGAUUGACUAAAUCAAAAGAGGCUGCUCUACUUGACGCUGAGAGAACUAUGCAGGUUGCCUUGGGAAAGGCUUCAAUGGUUAAUGAUCUUCAGAAUAAGAAUCAGGAGUUGAUGAAGCAGAUAGAAAUUUGCCAGGUUUUACUCAAGAUGCUUCCUAGCUAUUACAAACAUGUGCAUGCGCAUGAUAACACCUUGAUCACCAAAUUCUAUGGCAUCCAUCAGAUAACACUAAGAAUUGGCAAGAAGUUCGACCCUGAGGAGGACAACAUUCCUGAUCAUAUGCUUAAGUUAGGAAAGCAGUUCAAGAUUUUUAAUCAUAAUUUGAAACCCUUAUUACAGAUUCAAGAUGACACUAGUGGUCGAAACACUAUUUAUGGGAUCGAGGAGUCUGUCAAUGUUAAAGUGGCAGAGCUCAAAUAUGAAAUGUUGAAAGAGGUUGCUAAACUUGAUAAAAAUUAUUCAACUCUUCAAAACAAGGUUGCUGUUAUUGUUGAUGAUGUCAAGAAGGUUGUGGAGUAUUUGACUUCACUUUAUCAUACGGUUGAUUCCAAGACAAAGUCUGAUUUGAAGGUGUUUGCCAAAUUGGAAUAA